AGAACUGAGGCGAGUUUCACUGUGUGUGACCAGCUAAAAUUGUUUACUGCAAUGUCAAUCAAAACAAUACGAUUCAACCAAUGGCCCAGUGCGGAGCCUGGGACUGGACAGUUUUUUUGCAGACGUUCAACGCCGCAAGCAGUGCCAGUGUGGUCGUUGUGAAGUAAGGCAACAGCAGCUUGUGCAUUGCUGGGGACAAAACUGUGACUCCAAACUUUCAAGAGCCACUCUCUCCGUGUCAUUUCUCUCCAACAACCCGCUGCUCCUCCGGGGUCUCUGACGGCAGCGCAUCUACUUGUAGGCGUACGUGAGCGCACUGUAGCAAUGUAGCCGGCUGCAGGACUGAACAACGUAUUACCUGCGUGUGGUGCUGAUCCCAGCUCGCGAGCGAGGACCUCUCCAUCAGAGUAUGGCAACGAUGUCCUGGGAGCAAAGGCUGCAGCAAUUCGUCGAAGCUAAGGGUAGCAGUAGCAGUGCUGGUGCUGCUGGUGGUGCCGGGCCAUCGGGCGCAGUGUCGGCCGCAUCGGAGGCGGACGUGGAGCAGAUGACGGUGCAGUGCAUUGCCGACUGGCACACGCCGACUGCUGCCGCCGCUGCAGCAUCCACUUAUCAGCACAUACCUCGAUUCUACAGAAAGUGUCCGGAUGAGAACGAUGCAGUCCGUAUGAGAGUGAGAGAGGAAGCACGAGCACGUCAUGUGCAGCGCCUCAGCAAGGAGAUGUUGACGAACAGCGACCUUGAUGUUGUCUGGGCUCUUCUACAGAGGCAAUACUCCAGUCAGGAGAAUGAAGAGAAGAUGAUCAAUUUUGACGACUUUGUGCGCGUAGGCCAAGAGGCCGGCGAAAAGUUCAGCUCUUACUUCACUUCACCCAUGGUGUAUGCAAAGCUCUACCAGCAAGACCCUCGUGGCCGGUUACCCAUCAGUCGCCUGUAUGCCUACAUAAUGAGAAAAGUCUGGCUGCAGCAGACGCGCAUAGGCCUGAGUCUGUACGACUCGCACGGCACCGGGGUUCUCCUUGAAGUCGAUUUUGAAAACUACAUCCUGGAGCUGAUUCCCACUCUUCCUCAGUUGAAUGGCCUGGAAGACUCGUUCUAUUCAUUCUUCGUCUGCUCCGCCGUGCGCAAGUUCUUCUUCUUCCUUGACCCGCUGAGGACAGGCAAGGUGAAGGUGCAAGACAUCAUGUCCUGCAAGUUUCUUGACGAGCUACUUCAGCUACGCGACGACAAGCUGACGGCCGACCAGCAACGUUGCAACUGGUUUUCAGCACCGCACGCUCUGAGGGUAUACGGUCAGUACUUGGCAUUGGACCUCGACCACAACGGCAUGCUCAGCAAGCAAGAGCUGAUGGGGUACGGUACUGGGACACUGAGUCCCGUGUUUGUAGACCGUGUGUUUGACGAGUGUCUGACCUACGAAGGAGAGAUGGAUUAUAAAGGUUAUCUGGAUUUCGUACUGGCUAUGGAGAACAGGAAGGAGCCGCAAGCAUUGCACUUUUUUGUGCGUCUACUGGAUGUGCAGAAUCUCGGAUACAUUGACAUGUUCUCCGUCUACUAUUUCUUCAAGGACAUACAGCGUAUGUUGGAAGCGCAUGGCCAGCCAAUGGUUCAGUUUGAAGACGUGAAGGAUGAGAUCUUUGAUAUGGUCAAGCCGGUGGAUUCGCUCAAAAUUACACUGGAAGAUCUGCUAAGAUGUGGGCAAGGUGAUACGGUGAUAAGUCUUCUCAUCGAUCUCAAGGGGUUCUGGCUUUACGAGAAUCGAGAGCAGCUUGCCGCUGAUCCGUCCCAACUCGACGCGGAAGACGAAGACGACGAUGAAGUGGAUGACAUGGAGCUGGCUAGCUCGGUUCCUAGCGGCGGCCAUGUUGGUAACCAAGGUGAUGGUGCAGGCGGCCAUGUUGGUAACCACGGUGAUGGUGGUGGCGACAGCCAGGAUGUCCUGCCGGUGGAGCGGGAGUUCCGCGAGAUGAGCGUGGAGGAUUUGGAGUGAAGCUGUUUUGUGUGUGUGUGUGUGUGUGUGCUUGUGUUUGUGUGUCUGGCGUAGUGGAUGGUGUACAGUGGAGAGAGAUCUUAGUGUAAACUAUGCGGGAUUAGAAAUUACUUUCUUUUUGCAUGCAAUGUACUGUACUGUUUACCUUACUGUGCAUUGACCUUGAUUCGUUUAAUACCUUGACCAUGAUCUUUGUCUACCAGUCAGUCAUGCAGUCUAUCUGGAGAUCAUCACGAGAAAACGUUCUUGAUGGAAAUAAACUGUUCCUAUGAUGACAACUGUAUAAACAACACAUGUACUUGA